UGUAAAAAUCGCAGAUUUGAAAACUGAGCGCGAGCUUUAAGGCGAUUAGAAUAGAAUACUUAAAAGGUCGUUCGUAUGCGCUUAUGUAACUGGCUGCAUUGAAAAGUGAAAGUGUUUGGCAGUGAAUGCAUUUUUCUUUUUAAAUAAAUAUAUUUAAAAAAGUCCAAGGAGAUGAAAUAUCAAUUUCCGUUAUUUUUAUGCGCAUUUAUGGUGAUUUGUUGCUUUUGUAAUAAUGCAACUGGCAAUAGUGAUGAAUAUUUCUCGUCUGUGGCGGGUUUGGAAAAGCUGCUAAUGGUGGAGUAUGUGGUGUUGGAUGAGUUACAGAACUAUAUAGAUUCUGUGCAGAAACACAUUGAUUCGUUGCAAAGUGAGGUGGAUGCAAUUCGUUCGGAUCACCAAGCCGCCGCCGACGAUGUCGAUGGCUACCUUAGUAACCCUGUUAAUGCAUAUCGUCUUAUUAAGCGUCUGCAGAGUGACUGGCAUACAUUUGAAGAUGUCAUUCGUGCCGAUACCAGUCGUGAGGACUUCCUAAGUAGCAUGGAAACAAAUAGACAGGCAUUCGACUUCCCCACCAAAGAGGAUGUUAUUGGUUCAGCCGUUGCUUUAGUUCGGCUACAGGACACUUACAAGCUGGAGGUUGCCGAACUGGCGAGCGGUAUUUUGAACGGCAUUAAAUAUGGUCCGUCAAUGUCUUGGCAAGAUUGCUUUCUACUCGGUCAUCAUCUAUAUGAAAUACAAGAUUUCAAUCACACCGUGCCUUGGCUUAAACAGUCCAUGCAAAUGCUUAAGAGUCAGGACUCCACCAAAGAUGCGGUGACGUUGGAUUUCAUGGAAACAGUUGUAGCCUAUCAUCGCGAAAUGGGUGACUUUGAGACUGCUUUGGAAUUAACAAAUUAUAUUUUGUCGCUUGAUGCCACACGCGAGCAAAUGAGCGAUACCAAGUACUACUUGGAGCGCAUGGUCAGCGACGGUAUUAAGGCCGGCUUAAUGCAUGAAAUGAUACCACAAGCGGGUGACUACCAUCUCAGUAAUGAUUUCAAGCGCUACGAGCAGGUGUGUCGUGGUGAAUUGCAGCUCACUGCGGCUGAUCAGCGUCCCCUGCGUUGUCGCUAUGAUAGCAACAAGGCGCCUUAUCGUCUGUUACAACCAUACAAAGUGGAGGAGCUCUACUUGAAUCCGAGGGUAGUGCAAAUACAUGAUGUACUCACCACCAACAACACGGAUGCCGUAAAGCAGUUGGCCAAAACUCGUAUGUCUCGGUCGCAAGUGCGAAAUCUGGAUGGUAGCGCUGCGUCGUCGGCCAAUUAUCGGAUCAGCAAGAGCGCCUGGUUUCAUUAUGAAGAGAGCGAGCAAAUGCAGAUAAUGUUGCGACACAUGGGCGAUCUGUCGGGUUUGAAUAUGGACUAUGCCGAGCACUUGCAGGUGGCCAACUAUGGUAUCGGCGGGCACUACGAACCGCAUUUCGACUUUUUUACAGAUAAUUGUACUUAUAAUUUGUCCGACGGAAAUCGUAUCGCCACUGGUAUAUUUUAUCUCUCGGAUGUUGAGGAAGGUGGCGGCACCGCUUUUCCCUAUCUUCGCUUGGUUGUUAAGCCACAGCAUGGAAGCGUGCUGCUCUGGUACAAUUUACAUCGUUCCGAGGAGCCCGAUUAUCGCACUCGUCAUGCGGCCUGCCCGGUGUUGAAGGGCUCUAAGUGGAUUGGUAAUAUUUGGGUACGCGUACGCAAUCAGGACCGCGCCCGGCCAUGUGGUCUUUUACCCGAUCACGAAGUGUCGCUGAAAUACAAACAUUUGGUUUAAGUAUGCGUCGUAUGCCUUUGUAUUUAUAUUUAUUUGCUUUUAUAAAAGUAUUUAUAUUGUG